ACUGAGAAAUGCAGGAAUGAACUCUCAGGUAUUUCCUUCUGUUCUGAGGUUGAACCUGAAGACAUUUUUUAAAGUUGUGUCAUAAGUUCAGUUUGUUUCUCUUUCAUUUGUUUGCAGACGAGGAAGAAGCUUUUAACCGACAUGCUUUGUCUUUAAACUUCUAUUUGAUACGCGUAUUAUGUUUGUGUUUCCAUUUCAUUUUCUAACGUUAUCCGUUUAAUUCUUGUUUUACAUCGCGGGCUUUUGAUUCUGAAUGAAUUAGAAGAAUGUCGUCGACACCCUCAGUGGUUCUGUUUUUAGCCUGGAUUACAACAGACGUUCACUCAGAGAAGAUCCUUGACAGGUUAAGAGACUCCACUGUUGUCCUCAGUCCAGAUCAUGUAGAAGAUCCAAUCACAAUCAUAACAUGGAGAUACAAAACUCAUCUAGCUGCAGACUGGAAUGGACAGAAAGCUCCUUUCUCCCGGAUCUUUAAAGAUGGCUGCAGCUUAAACACUGAAACAGGAGAGCUGACGAUCAAUAGCGUGAGACUGGAGGACGGCGGCGUGUACACGACACAGAUUAACAACAAAACACAAACUGCUGUAAAACUGCAGGUUUUCUCUCCAGUCCCCAAACCCAACAUCACUCUGAGCUGUAAUCCUGAAGAAACCCAGUGUACCCUCAGCUGUACGUUUAACAGAACAGAUGAUCUGGGAGAAGUCCACAUUUUCUGGAUUCUUGACGACAAGCUUAAAAAAGAAGGAAAGGAGCUGAACAUCACAAAGGAGACCAAGGAGCUGAUGUUCAUCUGCAGUCUGGAAAACUCUGUCAGCUCUGGGAACAGCAGCGAGCUGCAGAACCCUCUCUUUUUUAAGAAUGAAGAUGUCCUCUACCUGGUGUUUUUUGCCCUUUACACUUCUCUUCUUUUUGUCGUGGGCCUGAUUAUUAUCCACCAAAAACGUUCGGUGAUUAAGAGACUUUUAAAAGAAAGAAACGAUACAAACCCGGAUGAAGAAGAAGAACUUCAGCCUCUGAACGAUUCAAACAGACUAGAACCAGCAGAGAACCCAGAUCCUGCUCUAUCCUCUGACACAAACCUGAUCCGGAUUCAGGAUCACCUGAUCCAUCUAGCAGAAGCAGAUCCAGAUGAAGGUUCCUCGGGUUCUUCUGAUUGAAGUGACUCUUAACCUCUGAGGCUUCAUACCAACUGUUACCUCCAGACUGCAGAAUCCUACCAGGAAAACCAUCUCAUGCUUGGAUUUUUCCUGUUUCUCUUCCUGCAGAUGAAUAAAAAUGAUGUGAGACUGAACAUUUUACAGACAUUUCAAUACAUCAAAACUGCUUUGACAUGUUUGCUUUUUCAGUCCAGUUUUACUGAUAUUUAUUUAUUUUUCAAGAAUUGUGUCAACAUGUGGAAGAUGAUCCUGAUGUAUAAAAUAAAGAGUAUUUGUUCAGUAAAAGUGAAUAUUUUACUAUUUGAACAGUAAAACUGUUUACACCAAAAACAAAAGAGAUGAUUUCUCCUCGUGAACUUGUUCAUUUUUUAAAUCUUUUGAAGUAUUUAAGGCUUUUCUUUUCCUAUAACUGGAGUUUGCUCUUUCGUCUCCUAACUUUGUUAAAGGAAACUGGAAUCAAUCAAAGCCCAAACCUAAACCUCUAUGAAGGAAUCAGUAAAAGAAGAACAAGGAACAUGAUUUUCUUGUUUGAAACGUUUAUUUUUUAAUCUUAACUAGAGUUAAACACUUGAAACUUUAUUCUCAGAAACAGAAGUCGUCUGUUUGUGACUUCUGUUACUUUCAUUUGUCCUUCAUAACGUUCCUGGA